AUGGCUAACACGUCUAAGUUCCUGAUGGCGGCGGGAGCAGCGGGGGCAGCAGUAGGGCGGUCAGGAGCCGUCCCGGCGCUUCUCUCGCGCGUCUUCCACGCUGCCGUCACCAGCAGAUCGCUCGCACCCAUCGCGAUCGCCACUGCGAAUAUCGCCACUUCCGCGUCCGUCUCUGCGCCUACCUCGGGCCCUACUCCCCCCCCCCCUCCCCUCCCUUCUCCCUCCCCCCCCCUCUCCUCCCCCUCAUCUUCUGCCUCUCACAUCCACCUCUUCUUUCUCUCUUCCCCCGUUCCCCCUCCCCUCAUCUCUCCUCCUCGCCCCCUCCAGGCGUGGCGUCUCACGGACCCGCAUGCCAAGGAGGCGUUCACCGCCAUUCGCGACGCGGGAGUGAAGAUAGCCGUUGUGUCCAACUUUGACACGCGCCUGCGCACUGUGCUCAAGGAGCUUGAAUGCCACGACUGGUUCGACGCCAUUGCUGUCUCCGCUGAGAUUCAAGCAGAGAAGCCCAACCCAGUGAUAUUCCACUCAGCAUGUGACCUGGUGGGUGUAGAUCCACACCAUGCGGUGCAUGUGGGAGAUGACAGGAGGAACGACCUCUGGGGAGCUAGGGACGCAGGUUGCUCCGCAUGGCUAUGGCAGGACGACGUGCAUUCCUUCCAUGACGUGGCUCGCAAGCUCGGAGUGCUUUUCCGUGGAGAGGAGGAGAGCCCCGAAGCAAAUAAGAGGAGGAUGCGAAGGCCGCCUCGAUGGGCUGAAAGGCCCAUGAUUGCAGCCAAUGGCCUUCAGUUUCUGCGCCACUAA